AUGGUCGCGGCCAAAGACAAGGCCUCUCGGCCCUACGGUAUCAUCGUGAUGGGAGCGACGGGGGUUACGGGCACAAUGGUCUGCGAGCACAUUGCAGCCAACCUGCCCACGAACCUCGAGUGGGCGAUCGCAGGGCGCUCGCCGGAGCGCCUUUCCACGUUGGCGGCCAAGCUCAAGUCGGCCUGUCCGGAUCGAGUGCAGCCAUCAUUGGAGGUUGUGAUCCCGAAUGAUCCCACGACGCUCGGCGCGGCGAUUGGCAAGGCCAAAGUCUGUAUCAGCGUCGUGGUCUACCACGAAGAUGGGGAGUCAGUUGUGCAGGCGUGUGUCCAGCAAGGCACAGACUACGUGGACUGUGCCUCGGUGCCAGUUUUGCUCCGAGAUUGGAUCUCCAAGUAUCACAAGCAAGCAGAAGAAAACGGGGUCGCCCUCAUUCACGCGUGCGGCGCCUUAUCGGGCGAGAUGGAUCUCCUCGCCAUUCACGCGCAUCGGACGAUCUCUGAGAAGUGGGCGACUCAAAUGGGCAAAGUGACCCUCCGUGCAGACUAUCUCGACACCAGGUGCUUCAACACACAGGCUGACGGACCCAGUAGCUCCAACGUCAGCGGCGGCACCUUGCGGACAAUGAUCACAGUCGCAAGUGGCGGUCCUAAAGACACGGCCGCAGCAGGAGAUCCCUCUUUACUGACCCCGGUGCCGUACACUACCACAGUAAAUACCGUCCGGGGUGUCCAUCGGCACCCUGUUCUCGGUCUGCUCUCGGACUCUUCCAUGACGGGCCUUCAGGCCCGUACUCUGAUCAACAGAUCCUGGGGUCUGCUGGGUGGUCCCAAGGGUAGCUGGGGCCCUAAGUUUCAGUACAACCAGUACGAAAGGGCCCAUUCGUACCUGGGCGGCAUUCUCAGUGUCCUUCGCUACCAGACUAUCAUCUUCCUGCUCUCGCUCGUCCGAUUCGCCUGGUUCAAGAACCUGCUGCUACGCAGUAUACCACCCGUGGGCAGCGGCCCUACAGCGGAGGAAAGCAAGAGCCAGCCCUUUACGGCGACGGUGCUCGUGGAGGCGGACCCGUCCGUGGAGAAGAACCGCGGCAAGGGCUGUCUUGUCAAGAUGCGGUACGCGGCGGGUAGCUAUCCUUUUGUAGCCAUGCUCCUGGCACAGGCGGGCGCCACGCUACUGUACGAUCGGAACUUGUCGGCCGGUAACCAGGGUGGUAGUCUGACUGCAGGCGUUCUGGGACCAGACUUUGUGAAGAGGGCAGAAUCCGGGGGUCUCGAGAUAGAGACGACCAUGCUGUAUGAUCUACAGUGUUAG